AUGCCGAUUUAUACUUACAACGUGAAGGGAGAGCUGGUUGCAGAAUAUCCAUAUGUCCAGGACAAUUGCUAUUACAGUGGCUAUGUGGAAGGAGCCCCAGAUUCUCAAGUCAUCCUCUCUACCUGCAGCGGACUUUGGGGACAUAUACAGUUUGACACCUUAACUUACGAAAUUCAGCCGGUGGAAAAUUCCUCCACAUUUCAACACUUGAUUUACCGAAGCGAUCCAGAAGCGCGAGAACCCUGCGUGGGAAUCGCCAAAGAUGGCGCCGACGGGCCAGGUAGAGAGAUGAGAACGGUGAGGACUGUUGAAGAUCCAGAUCUGUCCACCAGACAGCAAGGUGACCGGAACCAGAUGGGUAACCGAUACCUAGAAUAUUAUGCCGUUGUUGACAAGAGCAUGUUUCUCCUCUACAGGGGCAACGAAACCGCUCUGGUGUCGGUAGUGUUUCACAUGAUGCUCCACGUUUACACAAUCUUCCUCCCGCUCGGCCUCCACGUUUAUCUGGUCGGCAUGGAGAUCUGGGCAGACAAAAACUACGUGACCAUCCAUCCUCACGACCUGUCCGCAAAUCUGAAAGCUUUUUAUAAGUAUGUGCGGUACAACCUUCGGCAUCGCGAGCAUUUCGACCACGCGGGAUUAAUGACGACAACCGGGGAUCUUCCGGGACUCUCGUGGGGAGAACGAUUUUGUCAUCCCUCUCAUGUCUCUGUGAGCGUCAUCCAGAUACGUAAAAACCCUCGAUUUGAUGCCGAAACGAUCGCCCACCAGCUGGGACAUUCCUUGGGCUUCACGCAUGAUGACGCACACACGAAUUUAGCCAGAAAAUGUGACUGCAACUGCACGGUGUUUGGCAGCUGUUUGAUGCUGACUUCGGGCCCGGCGAACUGUUCAAGACUGAGUAAUUGCAGCACACUGGAAUAUUUGAAGCUGAUCCAAAAACCCGGAAAAACCUGCUUGCUUGAGAAGCCUGCCCAGAUCUUCAGCCCGAAGGAGUGUGGGAACGGCGUCAUUGACGAGGAGGAUGAAGAGUGCGACUGUGGGGUUGAAGAGGAAGAGGGCAGCUCGGCAAUCAAAAUUGUACUCAUGAAUGAGAAGUACCCCAAAAUCAAAGGGCCCGCCGACUGCCGGAAGAACAGAUGUUGCCAGGAGGACUGCCAGUUCAAAAAGGACAUCGACUGCCUCUACGGGCUCUGCUGCGACAAGUGCCAGUUUUCCGAAGCGGGAACCCGGUGCAGGGAAGCCACUUCGGAGUGCGACCUCCCGGAAUUCUGCAACGGGACCUCCUUCGAUUGUCCGACGGACGUCCACAAGCAGGACGGGACCCCCUGCGGCCACGACAACCAUUGUUUCCUGGGACUUUGCCUGGACCUCCACACGCACUGCAAGGCUCUGUUCGGGCCGGAUGCCCGGGAAGCCCCCCUGAGCUGCUUCAAGGAGAUGAACAUGCGAGGCGACCGCUUUGGCAACUGCGGCAAGGAUGGCUCGGUUUUUCGGAAGUGUCUGGAGAAGGAUGUCCUGUGUGGGAGAGUGCAGUGUGUUAACGUGGGAAAAAUCUCGAGUAUCGCGACUGGGCAGGAGGUACUCCAGACUCCUGUGGGGGGCACCGUGUGUUGGGGGACCGAAUUUGACCUGGGGGAGGACGUCUAUGACCUGGGAGCUGUGCGAGAUGGAACCACUUGUGGCACCGACCAGAUCUGCUUAAAUAGAUCGUGCGUGGACGUGGCUGUGCUGGAUUUCGACUGCGAUCCUUCUACGUGUAGAUACCGAGGAGUCUGCAACAGCAACCGAAACUGCCAUUGCUCUUACGGAUGGGCCCCUCCCUUAUGCACCAAACCAGGGUUUGGGGGAAGCAUCGACAGUGGGCCCCCUCCACCAUAUCAGUUGCCCACCAUCGUCGUCGUUGGGCUCUUCACCCUGAUCGGUCUGAUCGUCCUGGCAGGGGGGGUUUUCAUCGCGCGCCACGUCGACGCCUUCUUUAAAUGGAUCGCGGCAAUUCCCAGACGACGCCCCAAAAAAUCGGCCAGUAAAGGAACCCUGAGAGGCAGAUCCUCAAAGACCGGCGUGAGGCGGUCGCAUAGCGGCUUGAGAAGCUCUUCUUCCAGGAAGCUCAAGUCCAAAACCGCCAUUUCACUGGAAACUCAAAGAAGCAUCGCGUACGUGAAGACCCCGGAACUCAAAAGCGCCAUGUCUACCUCCAGAGCUGGGAAAUCCAGAUUAGACGUCACUUUCGCCACCUAG